UGGUCCUGGCUCCCCGGGGAGCCGAGCACUUUCAGCGAGGGCAGUCGGGGAGAGCUCCGCGUGGGGCCGGCCGGGCUGGACCAGCCGGACCUUUUCCUGGGAAUUGGGCGCCUCUAGCCAAGCUGCUGCUCAGGGUGUGAGACAGGACCAGGUUCUAGACUCUGCUGAGGAUCUGGAAGCAGGGAAUCCAACACUUGUUGACUGCUGAAGAUCAUCUCUCCCUCCCAGAAUCCGGCCCUUUCCUGCCCUUGGAUGGCCCAGGAGAACGAUCUUCACAUCAGCCCUGAAUCCUGGGUUUGGAUCUACAUUCACGUUCUGGUCUGGUUCUUUGAAGAAGCUGAGCAGGAUCCUUCCUGGAGGUGAUGUGGGACUACCAUGUCAGUUGGGAAUAAGAAAGGAGGCUUCUGGAGGAAGAUUUGACCCAUCCAUAAAGAAGAGGGGCACAGAGCUCGAACUUCAUUGAACUGCUGCCGGCCAUGGCACACACUCCCCCAAUCCUGUCUGUCAGUCCAGUCCUGCAGCCCUGGGAACCCUCAUCCCCAUCUCCAGAGAGCCUCAGGCGGUUCCUGUCAGCCAAUGUUCUACCUGUGGUGGAAAGAUGCAUCAGUUCAAUGCAGGCCGGGACUCAGAUGGUCAAGCUUCGAGGUGGCUCCAAGGGCUUGGUUCGCUUUUACUAUCUGGACGAGCACAAGUCAUGCAUCCGCUGGCGGCCAUCGCGGAAGAAUGAGAAGGCCAAGAUCUCCAUUGAUUCCGUCCAGGAAGUAUGUGAAGGAAAGCAGUCAGAGAUUUUCCAGCGCUAUGCGGAUGGGAGCUUUGACCCCAAUUGCUGCUUCAGCAUCUACUAUGGGGACCACAUGGAGUCUCUGGACCUUGUGUCCUCUAACGGAGAAGAAGCUCGAACCUGGAUCACAGGUCUCCGGUACCUAAUGGCAGGAAUCAGCGACGAGGACAGUUUGUCCAAACGCCAGAGAACUCGUGACCAGUGGCUGAAGCAGACGUUUGAUGAGGCAGAUAAGAAUGGGGAUGGCAGCCUGAGCAUUAAUGAAGUCCUCCAGCUCCUUCAUAAGCUGAAUGUGAACCUUCCCCGGCAGAAGGUGAAACAGAUGUUCAAGGAGGCUGACACAGAUGACAACCAGGGUACUCUGGGCUUUGAUGAGUUCUGCGCCUUUUACAAGAUGAUGUCCACCCGCCGAGAUCUCUACCUGCUCAUGCUCACCUACAGCAACCACAAGGACCACUUGGACACAGAGGAUUUGAAGCGUUUCCUGGAAGUGGAGCAGAAGAUGACGGAUGUGACCAAGGAGUACUGCCUGAAUAUCAUCGACCAGUUCGAGCCGUGCCUGGAGAACAAGAGUAAGGAGGUGCUUGGGAUUGACGGUUUUACUAACUAUACCAGGAGUCCAGAAGGAGACAUCUUCAACCCCAAGCACUACCAAGUGAACCAAGACAUGACCUACCCGCUAAGUUACUACUUUAUCACCUCUUCCCAUAAUACCUACCUCAUUGGGGACCAGCUCAUGUCCCAGUCUCGGGUAGACAUGUACUCGUGGGUCCUACAGGCUGGCUGCCGCUGUGUGGAAGUGGACUGUUGGGAUGGACCAGAUGGAGAGCCCAUCGUGCACCACGGUUAUACCUUGACCUCCAAGAUCCUCUUUAAAGAUGUCAUUGAGACGAUCAACAAAUAUGCCUUCAUCAAAAAUGAGUAUCCAGUGAUCCUGUCCAUCGAGAACCACUGCAGUGUCCUUCAGCAGAAGAAGAUGGCACAGUACCUGAUUGACAUCCUAGGAGACAAACUGGACUUGUCAACAGUGAGCAGUGAGGAAGAUUCGACCACUCUGCCAUCUCCUGAGAAGCUGAAGGGCAAGAUCUUAGUGAAGGGGAAGAAACUCCCAGCUAAUAUCAGUGAAGAUGCAGAAGAGGGGGAUGUAUCUGACGAAGACAGCGCUGAUGAAAUUGAUGAUGACUGUAAGCUCAUGAAUGGAGAUGCUUCCACCAAUCGGAAACGAGUGGAAAAUAUCGCCAAGAAGAAACUGGACUCGCUGAUAAAGGAAUCCAAAAUCCGAGACUGUGAAGAUCCCAAUAAUUUUACUGUCUCCACGCUGCCUGCGUCUGGGAAGCUUGGCCAAAAGGCCGAAGGCAAGAAGAGCAAAGCUGAAGAAGACACAGAAUCCGGGGAGGACCUGAGCGGCAGCAAGCGAAACAGCCGAUUGCUGAUGAGCAGCUUCUCCAAACGAAAGAAGAAAGGCAGCAAGUUAAAGAAGACUUCCAGCAUAGAAGAAGGCGAUGAUGAUUUGGACUCCCAAGGAAGCCAGAGCAAAGGGAUCAACCGGCAGAAGAAGACCAUGAAACUGUCCCGGGCUCUCUCUGAUCUGGUGAAGUACACCAAGUCUGUCGGCAUCCACGACGUGGAAACUGAGAUCUCCUCCAGUUGGCAAGUAUCAUCCUUUAGUGAGACUAAGGCCCACCAGAUUCUACAGCAGAAACCAGCUCACUACCUGCGUUUCAACCAGCACCAGCUCUCCCGGAUCUACCCAUCCUCUUACCGGGUAGACUCAAGUAACUACAACCCCCAGCCCUUCUGGAACGCUGGAUGUCAGAUGGUUGCCCUCAACUACCAGUCAGAGGGAAGGAUGCUCCAGCUGAACCGUGCCAAGUUCAACGCCAACGGGAACUGCGGCUAUGUCCUCAAGCCCCAGUGCAUGUGUCAAGGUAUCUUCAAUCCCAACUCAGAAGACCCUCUCCCAGGGCAGCUGAAGAAACAGCUGAUACUCCGGAUAAUCAGUGGGCAGCAGCUCCCCAAACCCCGGGACUCCAUGUUGGGCGACCGAGGAGAGAUUAUCGACCCUUUUGUGGAAGUUGAGAUCAUUGGAUUGCCUGUGGACUGUAACAAGGAGCAGACCCGAGUUGUAGAUGACAAUGGAUUUAACCCUAUGUGGGAGGAGACCCUGGUGUUCACGGUGCACAUGCCGGAGAUUGCACUGGUCCGGUUCCUAGUCUGGGACCAUGACCCCAUUGGGCGGGACUUCAUCGGACAGAGGACGCUGGCUUUCAACAGCAUGAUGCCAGGUUAUCGACACGUCUACCUGGAAGGGAUGGAAGAGGCCUCCAUCUUUGUUCACGUAGCUAUCAAUGACAUCUCGGGUAAGGUCAAACAGGCUUUGGGCUUAAAAGGCCUGUUUCUCAGAAAUCCAAAGCAGGCGUCCCUGGACAGUCAUGCUGCUGGGCAGUUCCACAACAGACCCUCCAUUAGCGGGCAGCUCCUGAGGCGCACGGCUAGCGCGCCCACCAAGAGCCAGAAGAAGAACAAAAAGGGCUUUCCCGAACUCACCAUGGACACCAAAGAGCCCGGCUCGGAGGCGGCCGGCGAGGACACCUCCCAGCCUCGCUUUGACUCGGAGCCGGAGAGCGCGGCCCUGGUCCCCGGAGCCCUCGGUGAGGGGCCAGGCCGAGGGCCCAAAGGUAAGGCCCAGGGUCCUGGGACAGGGACGAGCCAGAGCCGCCCCGCCGAGGGCCUGACCCUGAGUGAGCCCACCCGAAGGGCGGAGAGGUUCCAAAACCUGGGCCUUGGCUCCCCAGGUGAGAGGCCGGGGACCCCCGACGGGGCCGGGCCUGCCGGCAUGGCGGCCAGCUGCAUGAAAUGCAUGAUUGGCACCUGCGAGGGGCCCGAGGUCGAGGGCCAGUGGAGCGGCUGCCAGCCCUGCCCGGGGCCCGGCGGCAGGGAGGCCCCCCGGCCCGAGCAGUGUAGCGGGGCACUCGAAGGAGCCGGGAGGCUGGGACUCGGACCCUGGGGCAUCAGCGAGCAGCCCCGAGCCCGGCAGGACUAUCUCCCUCCCGGCCCCGGAGGCAGCAGCAACAACAACAGCAGCAACAGCAACGGCGGCCACGGAGCUGCCCCGGGCCCCCAGGACGAUGCCCAGCCCCUGGGCGCGGGAAGGAAGAGCAGACCUUUGUCUAAAUGCCUCGGGGCGCGGUGGCCGGGAGGGAAAUACGGGAGCGCUGUGAACCUGGUUACUGCCGCCAGUGGCUCCGCACCCUGUGACUCCAGCAGCCUGGAGAGCCUCAGGGGUCCUGACAAUGCCCGCAGAUCCGUGGGCACCUUGCAGAGGGAAAUGAAUGCUUUGUUUGUUCAAAAAUUGGAGGAGAUUCGGAGUAAAUCCUCUCUAUUCUUUACUGAUGGCCGCCCGUUCUCCAUCCAGAGAUCUGUCUCGUCUUUGUACAGCCUCGAAACCAUCGCGGAGGAGCCGCUCGUUGCCAAGGAAACACCAUCCCCAGCUCCCUGCCCCCCUCUGCCCCCCGCCCCCACCAGCGACUCCGAGGGAGGGUCCCAGGGCUCAGCAGGCUCGGGCUCCGACACCCCUCUGAGCUCCCCCUCCCCGGGUGGGCCAAGGACCAACGGCCCGGAGGGAUUAUCAGCUCCGGGGCCCCACCCCACUGAAGGAAGGCCGGAGGGUGGAGAAGGGGAGGCCCGGGGGGCAGGGCAGGCCUUCCUUCCGCCCCCCGCCCCCUGCGCGGAGGAGCCGGAUGGGGCGGCUCAGCGGGCAGGGCGCCCAGGGGACCCCCCGGCUCCCCGCCGGCCUGUGGGUUCCGUCCCCCUGCGCGUCCCCCCGGCCCCAGCUUGGGUCCUGGCCGCCCGGCCAGCCGCGGUGAGGAGGGCCAAGAGCGAAGGGCAGGUGACCGUCGACCAGCUGGUGGUGCGGCGCGCCCCGCCUGGCCAGUCCCCCGCGGCCGCCGUCUACUCGGACGCCACGGGCAGCGACCAGCUUUGGAGCAAGUUGGAGCCGGGCAGCCACCGGGACAGCAUGUCCUCCUCCUCCAGCAUGUCCUCCAACGACACCGUCAUUGACCUCUCGAUGCCCAGCCUGGUGAGGAAGAGCCUGCCCAACCUGGGCAGCCUGGCGGGCAGCCGGGAGAAGCUGGGCGGGCUGGCGGCACACCAGAGCCCCUGGCCCCGCUCGGCCGCCGCGGCCGGCGCCGACCUGCCCCUCGUGACCAAGAGCAAGUCCAACCCCAACCUGAGGGCGGGCACGGCCCCCCCGCCGGCCCCCGACGAGCUGCGGCCCCGGCCGCUGGCCCGGAGGCCCGAGGACGCCCUGGCCGCCCUCCGCCGGAGGCCCACGUGGAGCCGCCUGUACAUGGAGGGCCUCCGGGCAGAGGGGGCCUGCCUGCGGCCCCGAGCUCAGGACGCGGGGGCCGCGGCCAAGUCCAAGAGCUUGGGCGACCUCACGUCCGACGACUUCGCCCCGGGCUUCGAGAGCACCUACCGGAGCAUCAGCCGCAGCUUCGGCCCCCGCGCGGCUCCCGCCGCCGGGCCGGGGCGGCCCCCGGGGGCCGGGCUUCGGGCCGGGCCCCGGGACGAGCUGACGGAGCAGCUGAGGAGGCUGACGGGCUUCCAGCAGGCCGGGGACAUCACGUCCCCCACCAGCCUGGGGCCCGCGGAGGACGAGGACGUGGACGAGGGCGCGGCGGCCCCAGCCGGCCCGGGCCCCGGCUUCCUGCGCCGGUCUUCCUCCCGGAGCCAGAGCAGGGUGCGCUACAUCGCCACGAGGGCCCGGCAGGCCCAGGAGAGGCAGCGGCUGCAGGGGCUGGGGGUCCGGGGCCCCCUGGAGGAGCGGGGCAACCCCGAGGGGGCCUGCUCCGUGAGCAGGGAGGCCUGUGUGGACUCCCUGGCCCGGCUCAUACCCCCAUCCAAGCUCGCCUCGGGCCUCCUGGAGGAUUCGCACUCAGGCCCCGCUCUCUUGAAACUUUAAGCCCAGCAGAACUUGGGAGGCGGGAAGGAGAGAAAGCACUUGGCUUUGAGCUGCAAAGACCGAGAAGGGUUCUUCCUUGCGCGGUCCCGCCCGCCCGUCACUCGGCCCUUCUCUGGGCUCCGGCUGGGGCUGAGUGGUGGGGCGGGUCCGGAACCCGUCCCUCCGGCCUAGCCGAGGCUCGGCCUUCUCUGUGCCCAGCGCCCCCCCCUCCCCCUCCCCUACAACCCCGGCCCGGUUUCUCCGUCCAACCUGCCCAGCCCCGGUGCCCCGGCCCCUGGCUGCAAUCCCGCAUGCUAGCACUCCCCCUCCCCAAACCCGGGCUGGCCUGGGGCCCGGCCCCCCUCGCCCACCCCCUGAAUCUGCCAGCUCCCCAGGCCUCGGAGGUGCUCAUGCUGCAGUCAAAGCAGGAGGGAGGACGUGGGGCUCUAGACCUCUCCCACUGCCCCCCCCCCCGGGGGGGCAGCCGCCCUCCAGCUCAAAUACGGGGAGGGUUUGGGCUGGGGGGAUGCCCCCCACAACGCUGCUGUACAUAGUGCAUGGAGGGGAAGCCCUCCGUGCUUGCACUGCCACGCCAGGGUUUUCAUGUGUUUUAAAAUGAAAUUAUAUACAUAUAUAUAUUUAAAUUUUUAGACCCACAUAUAGAAUACGAGAAAAGCUAUCCAAAAUGAUCCUUCUCCGUUUUUACCUUUGUUUUUAGCUUCAUGUGUAUGUACUUACACAUGCAUGUGUAGGUGUACGGUGUGUGUAUGGUGUGUGUAUGUCUGUGUGUGUGUGUUCAGGACAGUGAGAGAGAGGCUAUGAAGCUACCAGCCCUUCUGGGUGGGAAAAAUGUUGACCGAAGGGGCUUCCAAGCCCACCCUAGUCCCAGGAGAAGGCAAUCACUUUCCCUGGGCCACCCCUCUCCCCUUUUUACCCAUCUUGUUUUAUUUGUAUCAGAAUUUUCUCUGUACAUGGAACCAUUUUAAAAAACUUAUUUGUAAGCUCUUGAAUGACUCCAAUAAAAUGCAUUCAACCUUU